GGCCGCGAGGGACACCCCGGGCGCGGGGCGACCCGUCGGGCGGGGAGCGGGUAGCCCCGGCAGGCGGCCCCGCGGCGGGCAGCGGGCCUCGCCCCGCGCCUGGCGGGGGGGGCAGAACGGGGGCCGGGCGGAGGGGCCGGAGCGGCACCGGGGGUCGUCGGGGUGCGCAGGGCGCGGUGCCAGGCCGGGGCGCUCCCACUGAGGUGGUAGCGAAAGGCGCGUUCCUCCGCCAAAAGGCUCUCUUUGGAAUCCCGGCGCCGCCGGAAAAGGGGCUCUCUGGAGCAGUGCUGGCUUUGAGCAUUGCUCCCCAACUCCUGCCCUAAGUGACGUUCGCCCUUUUCCUACGCCAGGCCGUAGAGAGAAGGGAAAAGUUCAGGCCGAAAGAAUUUAGGAUGCGCCCCCAGGGGUUGUUUUGCCAAGGUGAGAAGUGCUGGGUAGAGUGAUUCGGCUGUAAGGGUCGGCGAAUGUAAGCAAAGAAAAGGGUGAUACCCCUACCUGUAGCGACAGAAAUGAGCUUUUGACUGCUGUGUGUUCCGCAGAGGAAAGUUCUGCUUUAAUACAAGGUAACCUGAGCAUUGACGCUCCUAUUGCAAAAUCUGCAGUUGAAAAAAACCAAUUUUUUUAUAAGAAGAGAAUGGAUGGAGAAGAGAAGACAUAUGGUGGGUGUGAGGGCCCAGAUGCUAUGUAUGUGAAGUUAAUAUCCUCUGAUGGCCAUGAGUUCAUUGUAAAAAGAGAGCAUGCAUUAACAUCAGGAACAAUAAAAGCUAUGUUGAGUGGACCAGGUCAGUUUGCAGAAAAUGAAACAAAUGAGGUCAAUUUUAGAGAGAUCCCAUCCCAUGUUCUAUCCAAAGUAUGCAUGUAUUUCACCUACAAGGUCCGCUAUACUAACAGCUCUACGGAGAUUCCUGAAUUCCCAAUUGCACCUGAAAUUGCACUGGAACUUCUGAUGGCUGCAAACUUCUUAGAUUGUUAAAUAAAAUAAAUUAUAAUAAAAAAUGUAAAACUUUUUUCAGUAUUUAAUACAUGUAGUUCAGUUAGUAACUUUUUCAGAUAGCAUGUUGCGUGUGUGCUGUUGAGAACUGUAAAGUUCACUGCAGAGGCAAUUGCCUUCAGUUCUUUUGCAUAUAGCAAUCAUUCAGUUGGAGUUUGUUUUGCUGCUUACACAAAUAAGGACUUUUCACAAACUGAGACAAAUAAACAAAUAUGCCAAUUA